GGUGCUUGUAUUUUAUUUCCCAACCAUGUGACCUCAAAGCGAAAGGCGAACGCUGUUCCGAGUGGAACACGUGGGAGCUGGCUGAGGGCGACGACACGAGCGCCACUUCUUUCUCAUCACUGCGCAAGGAGAUUGGUAUAAUCGCCCUUGGGUCGGACGGAAGAGUUGGCUGUAGUGCUGCCGAGUGUCACAGUGAGAUGCCCUUGAUCCAAACCAUCCAGCAGGCCGUCCUCCAAACCAUUAAGCGCAAUGGCGGCCGCGCAUUCAACAUGGCUGAAGUUGUCGAGAUCAAGGAGCUGUGUGACCGACUCCUUCCGAGCGACCUCGGGCUGGAAGUGCCACGACCGGUAUCUGUCGACCAGCUUCCCCGCUUUCGGCCAAUUCGAUACAUCGAAGUUUACGAAGACACGGACAUUUCGAUGGGCAUCUUCGUGAUGCCUCCAGGCACUUCCAUUCCGCUUCACAACCAUCCUCAGAUGACUGUGAUUUCCCGCGUGUUGUAUGGCUCGAUGCAAGUGAACGCAUUUGAUCUCGUAGCUCCAGAAAUCGACGAAGAGUUUUGGCGCCGCAAAGAGGAGCGCAUUCGCAACGCCGAGCUCAAGCACAACCGGUUUCCUCGGUUUCGACCGCGGCAUUUAAAGGUCGCGGUCCGGCGAAACACAGAACUCGUACAUGGCCCGACAACGAUUGAGCUCUUGCCCGAUCGAUGCAACAUCCACGAGUUCGUUGCCGUUGGGGACGUUGGAUGCGCCAUCUUUGACAUCCUCACGCCAGGCUACAAUCCACUGUACGUGGCAGCAGCCUCGGUCGAUAUCCAAAUGUGUAACUCUACAACGCAGGGCAGGGCGGGAUUGCACAUAUUAUCGAGCGUUGCUGCAAGUGGAAGGGGGCACCGAGGACGAGCCAUGGCAUGUGCUUGAGCCGUCAAACUUACCCCCGUCAUCCUUUGUGUCGGUGGAUUUGCCAUACCACGGACCGGCACUGACCCAUGUCCCUGUGGACGACAGCAGCGAAGGCCAGUCAGCAGAGCAUUCGUAGAGGUUUGUGUUUCCAUCAUUGUAAGCAACAAAGACGAUGUGUUGGACCGCCGAUCCAAACAUGCGCAGUGUCCUGGCGCUUGACGGCGUCGUGCGCCGCCUCUUACAACGUUCAUGGGGCAUUCGCCCGAUGCAGCUUGCAUU